AUGAAGCUCACGAAGCCUGGAGGACGUCGGAAAGGACCGCCCGAUCCUCAGCCGCACUAUGGAGCGCGGGAAGGACACCCAGGGUCCACCGAGAUGAUGCACAAAAUCCAAAGAGGGCCCAACAGCACAAAUCAGGAGCCGGAACCCUGGAGAUGGUUCGUCCGAGAGGUCUUAGACCCCUGCGCCUAA